ACUAAUGGCGGCGGCUGAUGAAAUAUUCGCGCUGUUUGAAAAAACAGUAGCGUCGUACGAGAAGGAACUUUCUCGAACAAGAGAGAAGGAGCGACGACUGGAAGCUGUUAGCGAGACUCAACCGGUGCUAGGCAUUAAAGACUUCCAGCAGCCGAUUCGUCAUCAAGAAACACGGCCCCCCCACAUUAAAGAGGAAAAACAGGUACAGGGGGAGUGUUUUCUCGGGCCGAACGAGGUUGAUCUCACCAAGUUGCCACAGACCGGUGUCUCUGUGAAAAAUGAGGAUCAAGGCGAAGCACCCGAGUCCUCAGAGCUUCAUCACAGUCUAAGGGAGGAGAACAGAUGGGCGGAGUCUCCAAGCAGUGACAAUCCACAACACAUGACAACUGAAGCUGGUCUAGGACCACAAGCAGACAACCUCUUAGCUCCACUAUCCGAUAGUGACGACACAAUGUCACACUAUCCUGAGGAUGAAGACUGGGGCAACACCCAAGAACUGUUGAGCGACGAUACACCCUGCAAAGGUGAUAUAAGGACUCCCGUUAACAAAAAACACCCUGAAUGCUCUAAGGACAAGAUCUGUUUCACUUGCUCUGUUUGUUCCGAAACCUUUUCCCAAAAGAGGGACUUAAACCGACACGUAAAAACGCACACCACAGAAAACCCUUUUUCUUGCUCGUUUUGUGGCCAUACGUUUCCUUUCAGGUCUACUUUUAAGCGACACAUGAGAACACACACUGGAGAAAAACCCUUUUCUUGUUCGGUUUGUGGUAAAGGAUUCCCUCAAAAGUCCAAUUUUAUAACACACAUGAGGCAACACACUGGGGAAAAGCCUUUUAGUUGUUCACUUUGUGGCAAAAGAUUCUCGCAAAAGUCCAAUUUUAUAACACACACGAGGCAACACACCGGGGAAAAGCCGUUUAGUUGUUCGGUCUGUGGUAAAAGAUUCUCGCAGAAGUCACCUAUGGUGUUACACAUGAAAACGCACUCGGGAAAACUGUAUCCCUGUUCUUUUUGCGGUAAAAGGUAUUAUUAUAAGACAAGCUUGAAAGUACACAUGCGUAUGCACAAUGGAGAAUAGAACCGACCCUCCUGGGUUUUACAGUGUCGCGACUUUGCCAAUUCACGUAAAUUCCACCAACCUUUGUGAAUAAAGUGCGGCAUUGCAACCAUCAUCAGUAAGGCUCAGAGGUGGGUAGUAACGCGCUACAUUUACUCCGUUACAUCUACUUGAGUAACUUUUGGGAUAAAUUGUACUUCUAAGAGUAGUUUUAAUGCAACGUACUUUUACUUUUACUUGAGUAUAUUUAUAGAGAAGAAACGCUAC